GGUUUUCCGUUUACAUGUGCGCCCUGCCCGAAAUACCCCUCCCAUCUGUCAUCCAUUCAAAUCCAAAUUUCCAUUUCUCGCCAUUUCCUAUCUCUUCUCUCUCUUUCCUUUCCGUUAACCAGAGCGCCAACAACACAUACUGUGAAAACCCGCCUCUUCUUCUCUCAUCCAUGGAGUUUCAGAGACGCCAAAGUCACUGCCUCUCCGAGAGGAAGGGGCAAAAACGGAAGCUAGACGAAGAAUCACAGGACGAGCCACAGAUCUCGGCGACGCCGCCCACCGCCGACGAGCGUGCGGCAGUUUUAACUGAAGUGGAGAAUCAGGUCAACAUCCUCGAGUCGAGUUUCACGUGGAAGGAGUCCGACAGAGCAGCGGCGAAGCGUGCCACUCAUGCGCUCGCUGAUCUCGCGAAGAAUGAGGAAGUGGUGAAUGUUAUUGUGGAAGGAGGUGCUAUUCCGGCUUUGGUUAAGCAUCUUCAGGCGCCGCCUGUGGAGGAUUGCGAUCAGAAGGUGUUGCCGUUUGAACAUGAAGUUGAGAAAGGAAGUGCUUUCGCUCUAGGACUUCUUGCGGUCAAGCCAGAACAUCAGCAGCUCAUUGUUGACAGUGGUGCCUUAACUCACCUUGUUGAUCUUUUGAAGAGGCAUAACAAUGGCUUAACUUCUCGUGCCAUUAAUAGUCUCAUUCGUAGGGCUGCAGAUGCUGUUACUAAUCUUGCACACGAGAAUAGCAACAUUAAAACCCGCGUCAGGAUGGAAGGUGGAAUUCCUCCACUUAUUCAUUUGCUUGAGUCUGCCGACACAAAGGUGCAAAGAGCUGCUGCUGGUGCACUGAGAACCCUAGCUUUUAAAAAUGAUGAAAAUAAGAAUCAGAUUGUUGAAUGCAAUGCUCUUCCGACUCUGAUUCUAAUGUUGCGUUCUGAAGAUGCUGCUAUUCAUUAUGAAGCGGUUGGUGUGAUUGGAAAUCUAGUUCACUCUUCUCCUAAUAUAAAGAAAGAGGUUCUUUUUGCUGGUGCUCUACAACCAGUUAUUGGAUUACUUGGCUCCUGCUGCUCUGAGAGUCAGAGGGAAGCGGCAUUGUUACUUGGACAGUUCGCAGCAACUGAUUCAGACUGCAAGGUUCACAUUGUACAGAGAGGUGCUGUCCGACCUUUGAUAGAGAUGCUUUCGUCUUCUGAUGUACAACUCAGAGAAAUGUCUGCCUUUGCAUUAGGGAGAUUGGCCCAGGACACACAUAACCAAGCUGGUAUUGCACACAGUGGUGGCUUAGUGCCACUGCUCAAGCUUCUUGACUCAAAAAAUGGGUCUUUGCAACAUAAUGCUGCUUUUGCUCUUUAUGGCCUUGCAGAGAAUGAGGAUAAUGUAUCUGAUUUCAUAAGGGUAGGUGGUGUUCAAAGACUACAGGAAGGAGAGUUUAUUGUUCAAGCAACUAAAGAUUGUGUUUCCAAGACAUUGAAAAGAUUAGAGGAGAAGAUUCACGGUCGUGUGCUGAGCCAUCUGUUAUAUCUCAUGCGAGUUUCAGAAAGAGGUUUUCAAAGGCGAAUUGCUUUAGUUCUUGCGCAUCUAUGUUCUGCAGAUGAUCAAAGAAGAAUUUUUAUUGAACACCAUGGUCUUGAAUUGCUUAUCGGGCUCCUUUGCUCAUCUAGCACCAAGCAGCAGCUUGAUAGUGCCGUGGCAUUAUGCAAGUUGGCCAAUAAAGCUUCAACUCUGUCUCCUGUAGACGCUGCUCCUCCUUCUCCAACACCACAGGUCUACUUAGGAGAGAAGUUUGUAAACAAUGCUACGCUGUCCGAUGUUACAUUUUUGGUUGAAGGCAAACGUUUUUAUGCUCAUAGAAUUUGUCUACUUGCAUCUUCAGAUGCGUUUCGUGCAAUGUUUGAUGGUGGUUAUAGGGAGAAGGAUGCAAGAGACAUAGAGAUCCCAAAUAUUAGAUGGGAGGUUUUUGAGUUGAUGAUGAGAUUUAUAUAUACUGGAUCAGUUGAUGUCACUCCAGAUAUUGCUCAAGACCUUCUUCGAGCAGCUGAUCAAUAUCUUUUAGAAGGACUAAAGAGACUCUGUGAGUACACAAUUGCACAGGAUAUAUUACUAGAGAACGUGUCGAAUAUGUAUGAACUUUCAGAAGCCUUCAAUGCAAUAUCAUUGAGGCAUGCAUGCAUUCUUUUUAUCUUGAAGCACUUUGAUAAGUUGAGCGCAAGGCCAGGGCACUCUCUUUUGAUUCAGCGUACAAUUCCAGAGAUCCGCAAUUACUUUGUUAACGCUCUUACAAAUGCCAACUCCCAUAGACAGUAAUGUGCAGCCAUUCUAUUCUUGACCUCUAACCAAUUGUGAUGUACAGAAUGUAGAUGUUGUUGCUUGUGUUGAACCAGGAAGAGGGUCUCUCCUUUAUGGUAAAUAGGUUGAUUAAAAGAAAUAUCUUUCUUUUUUAUCCUUUUCUUUGAUGUGGUGUAAACCUCUUCCUCUCCCUAGCACAUCAUAGAUACAGCAAAUAGCCUCCACGAACGUUGUUUUUUCUUAUGCAAUAUUGUGAGGGUUCUAUUUCUCAUAUGAUUUGUACAUUCAGGGAAUUAGGAAUAUUGAGUUUUAUGGUGAUAGAUGUAAAAUAUUGUUUCCCCAAUGUACAUAUCACAAUUAGAUACCAAAAAUUAAACUGCUGGGUGAUUUAUGCCAGACCGUUAAAUCCUGUUACCUAA